AUGUUUUCACCGCAAUUUCUUGCGGCUUUCGCCUUACUGGCAGCCGUAACCGCAUUACCGGUUUCCGACAAUCCACCUUUAUUCCCGCAACCCAUCACAACAAUCGGUGAUGAUAUGGAAGAUUUUUCAUCGUGGUUUAGAGGACCGUGGGACAGCUUGUUCAGUUCCGUAUGGAAGCUAAUUCCAAGUUUCGCCGAUAUUGGUCCAAAGAUCCUAGCUGAUAACGACAAGUUCGAGGUCGUUGUUAAUGUCAAAAACUACAAGAAGGACGAUCUAAAAGUGAAACUCAAAGACGACUUCAUCUUCGUCCAAGGGUCACACGAAGCGACUCACGACGACAAGGAUGUGUUCGCCAGCCAGUUCUUCCACACCUACUCCUUACCGGUCAACGCUAGUGCUGCUGACGUCACAGCGACGAUCUACAGUGAUGGCUUCCUAGUCGUUACUGCGCCGUUGAAUGGAGCCGGUGACAAGGAUUCUGUCGACAAGGAGGUGAUAAUCACUGACGCUGGAGUGCCGUAUAACAAAGAAGAAACACCAAACGUGGAAAAGACCGGUGAACCGACUCCAACAGCGCUAGCGGCAGCUGAUAUCGAGGGAGAAAAGAAGGAACAGACAACCCCAUCGGAUCGCGUAGACGCAACCGAAAAAGAUAACGUCAUUCCCCACGGAAACGAAAUCCAACCCUAA